GGGGUGCUGUGGUGUUUCCCCAGCCUGAGGUCUCAUCCGGAGCAGCGCGGGAGCAGGGGUCCAUGCGAGCCGGAGCAGCAGGGCUGGCGGAGCCUGUUCCCAUCCCCGAGGUGACAAUGGAGCAGCUGAAGUGACCUGAGGAGCUGUUGCAGUCGUGCCCAGGAUGGGCUGUGUGCACUGCAAAGAGAAGGGCACCCGCAAAGGGCAAGUGGGGGGCGAGCUGGGUGCCCCCCAGCCCCCUGUGUCCCAGUAUGACCCCGAGCCCACGCAGCCGGGUGCCAUCUUCACCCGCAUCCCUGACUUCAACAACUUCCACGGCGCAGCGGUCCCUGCAGCUCCAUCCUUGCUGGGGCCGGGGGGCUUCACCUCCAACACGCUGCAGAUGCGGAGCGGGGGCAUCUCAGGGGGAGGUGUGACGCUCUUCAUUGCCCUCUAUGACUAUGAGGCCAGGACGGAGGAUGACCUGACCUUCCAGAAGGGGGAGAAAUUCCACAUCAUCAACAACACGGAGGGUGACUGGUGGGAGGCCAGGUCGCUGAGCUCGGGUGCCACCGGCUACAUCCCCAGCAACUACGUGGCCCCGGUGGACUCGAUCCAGGCAGAAGAGUGGUACUUUGGGAAGAUCGGGCGCAAGGAUGCGGAGCGGCAGCUCCUGUGUCACGGCAACUGCAGGGGCACUUUCCUCAUCCGGGAGAGUGAGACAACCAAAGGUGCCUAUUCCCUCUCCAUCCGGGACUGGGAUGAGGCCAAAGGAGACCAUGUGAAGCACUAUAAGAUCCGGAAACUUGACAACGGGGGCUACUACAUCACCACCCGUGCCCAGUUCGACACUGUCCAGCAGCUGGUCCAGCACUAUAUAGAGCGGGCGGCCGGGCUGUGCUGCCGCCUGGCUGUGCCGUGCCCCAGGGGGACCCCCAGGCUGGCCGACCUGUCUGUUAAGACCAAGGACGUGUGGGAGAUCCCCCGCGAGUCCCUCCAGCUCCUCAAGAAGCUGGGCAAUGGGCAGUUCGGGGAAGUGUGGAUGGGGACAUGGAAUGGCACCACGAAGGUGGCGGUGAAGACGCUGAAGCCCGGCACCAUGUCCCCAGAGGCCUUCCUGGAGGAGGCUCAGAUCAUGAAGCGCCUGCGGCACGACAAGCUGGUGCAGCUCUAUGCCGUGGUGUCGGAGGAGCCCAUCUACAUCGUCACCGAGUUCAUGAGCCAGGGCAGCUUGCUGGACUUCCUGAAGGAUGGGGAUGGCCGCUACCUGAAGCUGCCCCAACUGGUGGAUAUGGCUGCUCAGAUCGCGGCGGGCAUGGCUUACAUUGAGCGGAUGAACUACAUCCACCGGGAUCUUCGUGCUGCCAACAUCCUGGUGGGAGACAACCUGGUGUGCAAGAUCGCUGACUUCGGCCUCGCUCGCCUCAUUGAGGACAACGAGUACACAGCGCGCCAGGGUGCCAAGUUCCCCAUCAAAUGGACUGCUCCAGAGGCUGCUCUCUUUGGGAAAUUCACCAUCAAGUCGGAUGUCUGGUCCUUUGGCAUCCUCCUGACAGAGCUGGUGACCAAAGGCCGGGUGCCCUACCCAGGGAUGAACAACCGGGAGGUGCUGGAGCAGGUGGAGCGCGGGUACCGCAUGCAGUGCCCCGGGAGCUGCCCCCCAUCCCUGCACGAGGUGAUGGUGCAGUGCUGGAAGCGGGAGCCCGAGGAGCGUCCCACCUUCGAGUACCUCCAGUCCUUCCUCGAGGACUACUUCACCGCCACCGAGCCCCAGUACCAGCCUGGUGACAACCAGUGACCCCCCUCCCCCGGGUUUGGGGUGGCCUUGGGGCAGGGGAGGUGCUCCCUUUGGCCGUGACCCCCCAAAACCCACCCACUGGGAGGUACUUGGGGUGCCCCAUGGGGGACACGGGGCUUUGCACAAGGAUUCUGCCCCCAGAGAGGGGGCAAAGCAGUGCCCCCCACCCCUUGUUGCCUUCACAGCCGGCUCUGAACCAGAGGAGUGCUUUGGGGAACCUCCCCAUGGCCCCCGGACACUCCUGUUAUAGCAGCAGAGGCCUUGGGGUUGGGGGCUCCAUCUCUUCUUCCCCAGCAGCUGGGGGGGUUCAACCCACCCCAAAUCCUGGCUCUGACCUGGAGAAAGUCACCUCAACCCCCUUUAUGUCAUCUUUAAUUUAUAGGAUUUCAUACCCUUCACCCUCAGGGACCCCUGUAUUUGGGGGGAUCCCCUCGUGUCCAUCCCCCCCCCCCCCUUAAUCUCCUCUCCUUAAAGCCAUAAACCUCUGCUUGCACUGGGGGGGGUGAUGACACACAAACAGGGAGUCUUGGGAUCCCAGGGGUUGAGGCUGGGGGCUCAGAUCUGCCCCUGGGGCUGUUUCCCAUUGCCCUGUGUGGGGGCAGGAGGGGGGGGUACGGGAUGGGGU